GGAGCGAGGGAGGCGCGUCCGGGCUGGGGAGUCGCGCGCACACUCUGCUCCGGGGGAACAGACGUUUAACUCUUGCCAAGUCUCGCCGCCUCUGCGGCUCGCGGGCCUUGGGCUUUUCCCCCUCUGAAGCAUGAGCCUUUCCUCCCGCAGCCGCCAACGCUGCGCGGGUCGCGGACAGUGCGCGCCGGGGCUCCAGGCGCGCGGCCUCCUGAUCCCUUGCGCCCGGAGCCCGGAAGCUUGCGGCAGGCGAUCUGUGGGUGACUGUGCCUGCGAGAGACUUUGCCAUACCAUUCUGACGGAAUUUGGAGAGAAAGAGCCAGCCGCUUCCAGUCUCCUCCCCCUCCGCCACCAUUUCGGACACCCCGCACAGUCUCCUUUUGGGGUACCCUGUGACUUCCAGGCAGCACGCGAGGUCCACUGGUCCCGACCCGGGCGACCACCUGUCUCAGACGUGUUGACUCAUCUCUCAUGACCCUGCGGUGCCUGGAGCCCUCCGGGAAUGGAGCGGACAGGACGCGGAGCCAGUGGGGGACCUCGGGGUCGCCGGAGGAACAGUCCCCCGAGGCGGCGCGUUUGGCGAAGGCCCUGCGCGAGCUCAGUCAAACAGGAUGGUACUGGGGAAGUAUGACUGUUAAUGAAGCCAAAGAGAAAUUAAAAGAGGCACCAGAAGGAACUUUCUUGAUUAGAGAUAGUUCGCAUUCAGACUACCUACUAACUAUAUCUGUUAAGACGUCAGCUGGGCCAACUAACCUGCGGAUUGAGUACCAAGAUGGGAAAUUCAGAUUGGAUUCUAUCAUAUGUGUCAAGUCCAAGCUCAAACAGUUUGACAGCGUGGUUCAUCUGAUUGACUACUAUGUUCAGAUGUGCAAGGAUAAACGGACAGGCCCGGAAGCCCCCCGGAACGGGACUGUUCACCUGUACCUGAUCAAACCUCUGUAUACAUCAGCACCGACUCUGCAGCAUUUCUGUCGUCUUGCCAUUAACAAAUGUACCGCUUCGGUCUGGGGACUACCUUUACCAACAAGACUAAAAGAUUACUUGGAAGAAUAUAAAUUCCAGGUAUAAGUAUUUCUCUCUCUCUCUCUCUUUUUUUUUUUAAACACAUGCCUCAUAUAGAAUAUCUCCGAAUGCAGCUAUGGAAAGAGAACCUGGAGGCCCUCCUCUGGAUAACUGCGUAGAAUUCUUUCUCAUGGACGGUUGAGCUUAAUCUAAUUUAAAGGUGUGAAGAUGUAGCUAGAUAUUUUAAAGUUCCCCUUAGGUACUUUCAGCUGAAUGAUGAUUUCUUUCCUAUGGCUGAUCAAGACCAAAGGGCCCUUUUAAAUGAAAAACAAAAACAAAACAAAACAAAACAAAAAAA